AUGACGAAGACGGCGAAGUCGUCGGGAAAGAAGCCAUUCGGCGCGAAUGAUCUGAUUUUGCGGUCGAACGUGAGGAGGGCGCUCCCGGAUGAGGACGUCGAGGUGGGGGUGACGGAGGACGCAUCAAGCGAGGGGACGAAGCGGAAGAGGGCCCCUUACACGAAGGGGCCAUGCGAGCACGGAGUGAAGCCCCGGUCGCAGUGCAAGGUGUGCAGCGCUUGUCCGCACGGGAAGAGGCGCAGAUACUGCAAGGAGUGCGGUGGGUCUCAAAUCUGCGAGCACGGUCGUAUACGCACUCUGUGCAAGGAGUGCGGUGGGUCUCGCAUCUGCGAGCACGGUCGUGAGCGCCGCAGGUGCAAGGAGUGCGGUGGGGGGUCAAUCUGCGAGCACGGUCGUCAGCGCUCUUACUGCAAGGAGUGCGGUGGGUCUGGAAUCUGCGAGCACGGUCGUCAGCGCCAUUAUUGCAAGGAGUGCGGCGGGGGCUCAAUCUGCGAGCACGGUCGUCGGCGCUCUGAGUGCAAGGAGUGCGGUGGGGGCUCAAUCUGCGAGCACAGUCGUGUACGCUAUACAUGCAAGGAGUGCGGUGGGUCUCAAAUCUGCGCGCACGGCCGUCAGCGCUCUACGUGCAAGGAGUGCGGUGGGUCUCAAAUCUGUGAGCACGGUCGUAUACGCUCUACGUGCAAGGAGUGCGGUGGGUCUCAAAUCUGCGAGCAUGAUUGUAUACGCUCUACGUGCAAGGAGUGCGGUGGGGGCUCGAUCUGCGAGCACGGUCGUCAGCGCGAUUAUUGCAAAGAGUGCGGUGGGUCUCGAAUCUGCGCGCACGGUCGUGAGCGUCGUUACUGCAAGGAGUGCGGUGGGUCUGGAAUCUGCGAGCACGGUCGUCAGCGCAAACAGUGCAAGGAGUGCGGUGGGUCUGCAAUCUGCGAGCACGGUCGUCAGCGCCAUCAAUGCAAGGAGUGCCGCGGAUCGUCUGUUCCCGUGGGGAGAUGGGUCUUGUGA